UGAUGAACAGGGAGUUCUGUUAUUUUCAAUCAUUUGUUUCAGCUUGUUUUCUGUCUCGUGCCCUUGUCAGUCUGAGUUGGUCAGUCUUUUAGUCACAUAUACACGGCACAGAAUUAGUGUAUCCGUGGGGUUAAAUACCACGAGCUUGUUACGCCCCUAUAUAAUUUGUGCACGCGACUAAAGUUUGUCAAACUAACGGGAAACUGCGUGCUGUAGUGAAGGCGAAAUUCACUUCUAGCAAAAACGUUUAGCUGCUUAUAGAGCAACACUUUUAUUAAACUAUUUUUCUAAAUGGCACUAUUUCCCAGAUGUCUGCUUCACGGUGUCAUUUUUCCGGUCAAAAAGAUGAAUGGACUGCGAGUGAUCCCCAAAUCCAUAACUAUACACGAGUACGCUCGCUACAACAGUAAUUCUGCAGGUAUAAGAGAACGCACCCUUAUAGCAGUCAAACCUGAUGGAGUCCAGAGGCGUCUCAUCGGUCAGAUCAUCCAGCGCUUUGAGAUCCGAGGGUUCCAACUUGUUGGUCUGAAAAUGCUGCAGGUGUCCGAUGAGCUGCUGUCACAGCAUUACAUGUCCCUGUGCAAGAAAUCCUUCUAUCCCAGUCUGCUACACUACAUGACCUCCGGCCCUGUGGUUGCCAUGGUUUGGGAGGGGAAUAAUGUGGUGAGGUCAUCCCGAAUGCUGGUUGGAAAUACAAACCCAGCUGAGGCUCCUCCCGGAACAAUUCGAGGAGACUUCUGCAUUCACAUCAGCAGGAAUGUGAUCCACGCAUCUGACUCGGUUGAGAUGGCUCAGAAAGAAAUCGCUCUCUGGUUCCAAAGCUCAGAGCUGAUUGAAUGGGAGUGCUGUGACCAUGGCAACUUCUAUCAGUUGUGAAUGGAAAGGUGAUGGACCAAAGCAGAGAGAGAAUUCACCUUAUUCAUGCAGUGGCCAUUGUAAACCAAAACGAGGCUAUGGGGCACACAAACCAUAGGAUUGUUGUGUUCUAUGCAUUCACCAGUAGGUGGCAAGAACGCAUUAAUGAUAGUGUUGGGGAAGUAGUGUUUGCUCGUUACUUCUUUACUUUUAAAGUAAGUAACUUUUUACGUUACUUUUAUGUUGCUCGACUUUGGGCAGAACCCAAUAUCUGUUCCUAAAUAUGUAGGCCUAUAUAAAGUUCUGCUAUGGAGGACAUAAGUAUUUAUUUUGUGCUCUUUAUUAUAAAAAAUGCCACAAACAGAGCACGAAAACAUUGGGCUAUUAUAGGCUUCAACACCACCACUAAACCCAUAUGAAACAAUAUCAAAUAGCAUAGCCUCGAUACAUCUUAUGGGCAUAUACAGCAGUACAGUAGUAGACACAAAAUACAUAAGGGCUUAUUUUACAGACUUAUAUUCUUUUAUUAAACUGGCUCCUCUGAAAUUGGUGCAAAGCUAGUGCAAAUCGUAUCAAUAGGUUGGCAGUUGUGUUAACGGCAGUGGGCAAAAGUUUCUCACCAGGGCACAGUGUACACCUUACACUCACAUUCCUCCACCUAAUGGGAAUACCGGUACCUCCAUCCCUCUAAGGUUAGCGUUGGCUGCUUCUCGCAUGAUUGCUCUUCAUGCUUAAAGCCUCUGUCACAUACAGUCCAUGGGGAGCUUGUGACUAUUGUGCAAGCGCGUAGCUGAGAAAGCAGUGUCGCUCUCAAAUCUGUCCCUGGGAAAAGUAACGUUUAGUAGUAGCGUGUUACACUAUUUUUUACCCAAAAAGUAGUUAUGUUCAAUACUUUAACGUGCUACUUUGUAACGCGUUACACACAACACUGAUGAUGCAGUGUUCAAACAUGCUAUUCCUGUAGACAACCUUUAGCCCAAUUACAUGGAAAUAUAAAUCAGGUUUAUAGGCCAAGUAUACUUGCAUAUACGAGGAAUUUGUGUUCUGCAUUUUACCCAUCAGGGGGUAGUGUACAACACACCCACAUACAGUGUACACCCAUUCAAACACACACACCCUCAGAGCAGUGAGCACACAUACACACCCGGAGCAGUGGGCAGCCAUAAUCUUGGCGCCCAGGGAGCAGUUGGGGGUUAGGUGCCUUGCUCAAGGGCACCUCAUCCGUGGAUGUGGGAGAGUGCUGUUCAAUCAUUUUUCCUAUCACCCUUUGGUCAAAAGUCUGAUUCACUAACCAGUAGGCCACAGAUGCCCCUACAUGCCUGCAGGUUUAAAAUGCCUGGUUACAUGCCUGGUUUAAAACAGGCGUUUUGAGUUAAGUCUAUAUUUAGCUUAUUGAAUAACUUGAUGUUAGAGAAGACAAACCAUUUUGUGGAAUGAUGCAUCAUCGUAUGAUAUUUGCAAUGAUGUGACUCAAAAACAGUUUCAGGUAGCCUAUAAGUGACCU